CCGGUCGGGCUGUAAAAUAAAUAAAAAGGAAAGUGUCGAUUGCCCUCUAUCCAUCCAUCCAUCCCUCCCUCCCUUCCCUCCAAGAUCCAGAGCUUUUUUGCGGCGGCCACUGCAGCAUGAAUUUCGGCCAGGAGGAAGAAGACGACAGCAGCAGUAAAGACACCGCCGCAGCUGCCGAAGAAGAAGCAGUAGGGCAAGAGGAAGAAGAAGAAGAAGAAAACGACGAAUUAGACGAAGAGCAAGAAGUAGAAGUAGAAGAAGAAGAAGAAGAUGACUAUGGUGUUGCUCCCCCAAUUCCAACCCCCAAUCUCCAUUUCCCUUCCAGUUACAACGAUCUCUCCUCCCAAUCUUCUUCUUCUGCUGCUGCUGCAGCUGCAUCUUCUCCUUCUGCUCUCCAGUACCGAAACUUCCUCCCUCAACACCACCACCACGCCGCCGCCGCCGCCCCGUCCUCCGCUGCCUUCAAUUUCGACGACCGGCGGCUCGAAUUCGUCGACCUGUCGCUCGGGAGCUCGAGCGAGGCGGAUCCCGAUCUCCACCGCGGAGCCGGACCGUCUUCGUCGGCGGCAUCGGCCUCGCCGAUAGAGAAGGAGCACAUGUUCGACAAAGUGGUGACGCCGAGCGACGUCGGGAAGCUGAACCGCCUCGUGAUACCGAAGCAGCACGCGGAGAAGUACUUCCCCCUCGAUUCCUCCUCCAACGAGAAAGGCCUGCUCCUCAACUUCGAGGACCGCCACGGGAAGCCGUGGCGGUUCCGCUACUCGUACUGGAACAGCAGCCAGAGCUACGUGAUGACGAAAGGAUGGAGCCGAUUCGUGAAGGAGAAGAAGCUCGACGCCGGGGACAUCGUCUCGUUCCAGCGCGGCGUCGGCGAGGCCGGGAAUCACCGACUCUACAUCGACUGGAGGCGCCGCCCCACCGCCCCAGAUCCGAUGUCUUUCCCUCACCAUCACUUUGAUUUCCAGAAUCAGCUCCGUUUCCCCCAAUCCGUACGGUGGGGGAGGCUCUACUCGCUGCCUCAAUUCCCUCCUUCCUCCGCCGCCGCCAGGCAGUACGACUAUCCGCCGCCGCCGCCAUUCCACCACCAGCAAUUGAAUUACGGAGCGAUUCACCCUCUCCAGAAUCCCUACGGCCAUAACCAGUAUUACCACCACAACUACCAACAUCAACAGCAGCAGCAGCAGCAGAAUCAGUACUACUUGCGGCCGCCGGGGGCGACGGCGGAUUAUCCGCUAGCUGCUUCGGGAACGGGAGGAGGAGGGAGUGGAGAGCACGCGCCUAUGGUGAUCGAUUCGGUCCCCGUGGUUCACGGGAAGACGGUUGGGAAGCGGCUGAGGCUGUUUGGCGUGACCAUGGAGUGCCAACCGCCUCAAACCGACGACGCGUCGUCGUUUUCUCCAGUCACAUAUCCACAUCAGCAGCAACCUCAUCAUCAUUACUUGUCUUCUUCCUCUUCUUCGCCGUCGCCAUCGUUGUCCAUUCCGCCGCUCCAAGUCCAAGGAGUGCCGACUACGGCCACGCCGUCGCAAAUGGCGAUGCAUCACCGGCAGCAGCAGCAGAAUGAGUAUUCAAAGAAAGGAAAGACUUCCUCCUUGUCCUUCGAUUUGGAUCUUUGAUAAUUAUUAUUAUUACUGGAUUGCAGUGACACAGGAUAUUAAUUUAUAUUAUAUAUUAUAUAUCUAUAUAUGUAUCUUAGCCUGAUUUUGCCAAAAUGGGUAUAUGCUGAAUUCUAGGGUUUAUCGAAUCGGAAUGGGGAAGACAAAAGAGACCCAAAAAAUAAAUAAAUAGAAGAGAAUGAUCAUAAUUUCUUUGCUUGUCUAAUUUGCCUCCUCUUUUGAUACCAAUUGAUUGUUGGUUUCUAUUCGAUAUCGUUCCUUCUACUCCGAUAUCUUUUAUUUUUCAUGUGGUAUUUGGUUGUGCGUACUACAUUGGUUAGAGAGGAGCAGAAUUAAGGUAGAACUAGCUGAGAUGGAGAGGUUUGAUGAUGAUCAUCAUGAAUAUUCUUUUUUUUUUUUUGAGGGAAAAUCAUGAAUAUUCAAUUCACCACCAAGGAAAAUGAGGGAAGAGAGAGAUGGAAAGGGUGGUGGCCUGAGAGUUCUUAAUUUCAUCUGUAUAUAAAUACAAUGUAUACAGAGAUCAUAAAUAUGAGCAUAUAUUAGUUAUUUGCUUGCUUCCCUUCCCUUCUUAUUUAUUUAUUUAUAUAUAUUAUAUUCAUAUAUUGAAGAGUUGAGCUUAUUGCCAAGGUAUGUAUUUUUUUUUACUGUUGGUGGUAAAAUAAAAAUAAAAAAUACUACAAUUUUUAUAUAUGAUGGGAAAGGGCUGCUUGAGGUUGUGCCUGGAGUUCUUGUUGCUUCACUGUGUGACUAACUGUAUUCAUUCUCCUCCCCCAGUUUGCUUGGGUUAAUUUUGUUCCUCUUUGGAUAUCAACUGUAUAUUCUCUUUCCAUUUCUCUUUCUCAUUCACUUGUAUCUUCAAGAGAGAGAGAGAGGGAGAGAGCGCGCUGACAAAGCUAGCCAUUCCUUUUUUUUUUUUUUCUUCUUCCAAUUCUUAUGGUACAAUGCUAGCUAGGGAUAGAUGGAGCAGAAGUUUGUUGUUGGUGUUGUUGUUUCUUCUUUUAUUUUCUUUUGAAACUGCCUUAUUUAGGGUAAUGUUUCCUGCUGCUGGUAAGUUGGGGUUUGCAGUUGAUGGAUAUGGGAGAGGGAAGGAAGGAAGGAAGGGGAAAGUGUGUUUGUUGGUUGCAGACAGUUUUUGCAGCAGGCAGCGCUGAAAAAAGGUGCCUUCUGUAUUCUUACUACUCUCUCUCUCUCUCUCUCUCUCUCUUCUUUUAUCAUCAUUUCAACUUUUUCUGGUUGUUGUAUUUCUUUUCUUAUGAUCAGAAGGACCUAAAUGUCUGUUGCUUGGUUUUAAAGAGAGAUAGGAGAAGAAAGGAAAUGGGGUGGGAAUCAUCAAGAACCCAAAUGCCUACUUCUUCUGAUAAAUUGUAUCAUUCAUGUCUGUCUUUCUUUUUCUCUCUUUAUUUCUCUCUCUCUCUCUCUAUAUCUCUCUCGCCCCACUUCUGUCUUUAUAGCAUGAGCUUGAGGGACUGAGAGCCUGAGCCAUUCUUCUCCUCCUCCUCCUCCUCUGGAUUGCUGCCUGGCAGAGAGAAGAAAAGAAGAAGAGAAAAAAGCUGUCAUUUAUUGUGCUGAAAGAGAUUUCACAGAUGAGGAGGCAUAUAUCUUGGAACUGCACAAAAAAUUCCAAUCAAGAAACAAAGAAACAAAGAGCUUCCUUCUCUCUCUCACACACACACUGUAAGCUACUGCUGCUGCUGCUGCUGCUUUAAUGCUCUCUACCUGUAGCUAUACUAAGCUUCUCUUUCUCCACUUUCCUCUCCCUCUCCAUACCCUUGCCUCUUUUUCAACUACACAUAAUUAAACCCUGCAUUGUUUUGUGGGUUUCCCAUCUCGCCUGCACAUAAAAUAAUUCUCUUUCUUUUUUCCUUCAUGUUUAGCCAUUAGUGAUGAUAACAUAACUAGUAUUUAAUGAAAUUGAUCAACUGGGCAGCAGCAGCUCUACACAUAUUUGCACCUGAAAGGAGGCGCAUGGUAGUGAUGGUACUUGUACACAUAUGUAUUAAGAUCUAGCUAGCUAGCUGUAGGUAUAGGUGGCCUGGCUAGCUAGCUUGGCAGUAGCACCUUAUUCUACAUAAACAUAUGGGCUGCUGUGAUUAAAGUGAGUUGAAAUCUGGUUUAGUUUCCUGUACUGUACUCGUUACAUUGCAGGAACAAUAUAAUCUACUAAGCAAACAUAGGUAGGAGAUUAUCAAAUUUCAUAUAACUAACUCAUAAUGAUCAAAUCUCAUGAAACUAGCUCAUAUAAAGGUUCCAGACCAGCUGUAUUCUCGUUGGAAUCAAAUCGCCUUGUCACUUUUAUGCUGCUGUAUUUACUGCUCUCCGCUAACAUAUUUGUGCUGCUGGUCGGUUCAUAGUCAUGAAAGAUGAAAGCAUUUGUAGAUGCUGUAUUCAAAUCUCCAUACCGAUUGCAUUGUUGUGUAUAGAGAAAGAAGAAGAAAGUUUGAUAUGAAUGCUAGCCUAUAUAAAGAAACUUUGAACAAAAAAGAAGAAGAGGAAGGAAUUGAAGAAGAAGAUGUAGGUGUUUACUGGGGAGCAAUGGCUGACUGUUUGAACGGGUAUCAACCCAUUCUCCAGAAGACAAAGAGGAGAUCAAUUGGGUAAAGUAGUGUAUAUAUAUAUAUGAUGGAGAUUUCAUAUAUGUUGAAGUUGAAGUGAAGUCAUGAAAGUCCUCUGAUAUGAUCAUCACUCACUGGUGCAGGUGCAGAAUAUGUAUGCAUAGGAUAUCGAUCGAAGCUGAGGAAUUAGCCUUUCUCCCUCCAUGCAAAUUGCAAUCCUUUCAUGGUAUGUACAAGUAGAAACCCUUUUUCUUAUAACUGUGCUCACUUCUUCUUGUCAUAUAUAUGUAUGGCUCCCUGAUCUCAUGUCAUUCCAUGACGUGAUCCGGAUUUUGACACUUUGUGGAACCCUUUUUUUUUCUUCCUAUUUUAGUUAAACAGAAUUUCAGGCCAAUCCAAAAUUAGUUCUUUUUUAAAUAUUUUUCUUUCUGUACACUACCUGACCUCUUAAUAAUAUAAGAGUGUCCAAAUAGGUAUAUGUGUUUAUAUAUAUAUAUAUACAUAGUUGGCGUUGUCAACGUAGUAGAUUAAUGCCUUCCCACAUCUCAUCCCACGAGGCAAAUAGCCAAAUAACCAAGUUUAGAAGCAAAAUUAUCUGUCUUUAUAAUUUUUAGGGCACAUAUCCUGCUACCAAGUCUUCACAUCUAUCUCAAGAUUAACAUUCAAAAUUAGUCAAAUACCACAUAUAUAUAUAUAUAUAUAUAUAUAUAUAUAUAGUGGUUUAUUAAAUUCUCAAUCAACUUAUCUAGUCCGGACAAAAACACACUUUCGUACAUAGCGUUAGCGUUUUUUAAACAGUAAACGCACUUAAGACAAAAAGAAAAAAACCAUUUUCAUGGAAACGCUAAAGAACAAAGCGUUUUCAUGAAAUAUCUGUCGUUUGCAGCAUUUUACCGAGAGAGAGAAAAAACACUUCACCUGAUAUCGUUGUGUUACUUGAAACAAUCAAAUAAUUAUUCACUCAGCUCCUCUCUUCGUUGCUACUAACUAGAUUUAGUAUACGUUUUUUCCCCUAGUUUUUCGUUACAUUUGUGAUUGUUAGAACGACAUAUAAGGUUAGUGGUGUUGGUCUUAUUUCAACCUAUGAUUCGUGUUAGCGUUGGCUGUAACCGUAUUAACUAUUUGGAAUUAAGAAGGAGAGGGAGAUGAGGGUGAAAAGGAGCUGCUGCUGCAGCAGCAGCAGCUUUUCUUUUCUUGGUGUCCGCGGCUGGGGGGAAAAAACCACACCGCGCUUGGGUUUGGUGAGGAGAGCUUUUAGAGCAGGGUUUGAACUUUCAUGGGCAAGAGUGAAGAUAAUCCACUGUAGCACUUGCAUGCUGUCUUCUUGAUACCUGUGUGACUAAUCAUAUUAUUACUAUCUAAGCUAGCUUGGUAGAGGGGAAUUUUGGAACCUCGAUGUGUAUAGCAAAAUGGAGCACAGAAUAUACUUUUUUUUGGUCACCAAGGUAGCCGGCCAACUGCUCCAACAUACAAGGGAGGGGAAUAGGUAUCCAUUCCAGAUAAAAAAAACGGGAUUGUGGUCUCCUGGGUUUCAGGAAUCCCUCGAAUCAAAAUCUUUAGGAAAAGGUGAUAGUGUGCCUUCAAUUGGAGGGUUUCCUAUCUCACAAAACUCAAACCAUAUAUGGAUGGGUACGAUGAUGAGCUUUAAUGUCACGAGCUAGCCUAUGCCCUGCUAGCCCUAGAUGUGUAUACUUUUCAGAGUAUUCAAGGUAAAUUUAUGAUUACGGUGUAUACUUUAGUAAGAAAAAUGUUAUCUAAACUUUGAAUGAUAGCUGGAAUUUGGGGAUAUGUUACUGUAGCUAGCACAGCCUUAACGAGUAAAGAAUGCGUGUUAUGAUUCUCUAAACAUCUACACUUUAAGAUGGUUCAUCUGAUAUGUUCGAUGUAUUUCGAUGGAUCUGAAUCAUCAAUCAUUGUUUCUAGUACUUAAAAUCGAAAUUUAGGGUUUAGGGUUCAUAUCAUUGUGUUCUAUGUUUUACUCAUCACGAGUUUUGUCUUCGGCGCACUCGCAUUUUUUUUUGGUGCGUGCGAUGCACCCCACCUCGUAAUCGUCAUUAUGAUCAAGUGAUUUGUGUCAGAACGAUGUCAAUCAUCACUUGUGAUAUGAUGCGCAAGGAAACACAUGAAUUUGCACAAAAAUCAUCUAUUUACUUUGCUUUGAAUAACUUAGUGUUUAGAUUUCAGGGUUUAGCUAGGGUUAAAGAUCUAAAGUUUAGGGCAAUGAAUUAGUUCCAAUAUUAUAUCAUCAUGUUAGACUCGUGCUUCCAGAUAAAAUUCAAAUUCGAUGGCUUAAUGAUAGUUUUAGAAUUGGGUGCAUAAUAUUCACUCUAUUUUAUGAGUAUAUUGUAGAAGCCACCCUCAAUAUCAAUUAAAAUAUAAUAUCAUGCUCAAAAUCUAAUUAAUUCAAAAUAUAUGUAAUAUUUUCCUACUAAGAGUAUGGGAUAUUUCUUAGAUUUAUUAGGUACAUAGAAGUUCCAUACAUAUGCUUAUCAUGCUUAAACUUUUCUUAUUUUUUUUUCUUGUUUAAAUUGUGGUUCAGUAAAAUGUAGAUCAGUAGAGACACUUGGUAGCUGCAUGCCAAAAGGGAUUAUUGCAUUUGUUUUACAAUUCCCAAGCUAUUAUUUUCAUAGUCCCAUGAACUUUUGGGCCUGCCCUGCAGCUAAUGUUGUCGCCUUUAUUUUUGUUGUGUUAGGCUAGGGGUGCAAGCCAGGGUGUAUAACUAGUUGCUGUCUAUAUAUACGGUGGUGUUUUCAGUGCACUCGCUUUAUAACCGUCAUUUUAGACAUGCGAUUCAUGUCAAAAUGAUGGCAACCAUCACUUAAGAUGUGAUGAACAAUAAAGCAUAUGAAUUCAC